CACCAAGCGCUACACCUGAUAGAUUAGAGGGAAAAAAAACCCUCCAGUCCCUUCACGUCGUGACGCUUGCUUCCGGGAAGCGGGACGGAAGCCGGUCCUCGAUUCUGCGUCAAACCCGACUUCAGGGGCCGUCGUAAAAGUGUCGUCCCUGUCUCAACGACCGGCCACAGGUUUCCGCUUGCCUCUGGCCGGGAGGUCGGCAACUGUAGGCUUCGGUUUCCCUCAAGAUGGCGGACGAGGAGGCUGGAAGUGCGGAAAGGAUGGAAAUCUGCUCGGAGUUGCCCCAGACCCCACAGCGUCUGGCAUCUUGGUGGGAUCAGCAAGUUGAUUUUUAUACUGCUUUCUUGCAUCAUUUGGCACAGCUGGUGCCAGAAAUUUACUUUGCUGAAAUGGACCCAGACUUGGAAAAACAGGAGGAAAGUGUACAAAUGUCAAUAUUCACUCCACUGGAAUGGUACUUAUUUGGAGAAGAUCCAGAUAUUUGCUUAGAGAAGUUGAAGCACAGUGGAGCAUUUCAGCUUUGUGGGAAGGUUUUCAAAAGUGGAGAGACAACCUAUUCUUGUAGGGAUUGUGCAAUUGAUCCAACAUGUGUACUCUGUAUGGACUGCUUCCAGAAUAGUGUUCACAAAAAUCAUCGUUACAAGAUGCAUACUUCUACUGGAGGAGGGUUCUGUGACUGUGGAGACAUAGAAGCUUGGAAAACUGGCCCUUUCUGUGUAAAUCAUGAACCUGGAAGAGCAGGUACUAUAAAAGAGAAUUCACGCUGUCCGUUGAAUGAAGAGGUAAUUGCACAAGCCAGGAAAAUAUUUCCUUCAGUGAUAAAAUACAUCGUAGAAAUGACUAUAUGGGAAGAAGAAAAAGAACUGCCUCCUGAACUCCAGAUAAGGAAGAAAAAUGAAAGAUACUAUUGUGUCCUUUUCAAUGAUGAACACCAUUCAUACGACCACGUCAUAUAUAGCCUACAAAGGGCUCUUGACUGUGAGCUCACAGAGGCCCAGUUGCAUACCACUGCCAUAGACAGAGAGGGUCGUCGGGCUGUUAAAGCAGGUGGUUAUGCUGCUUGCCAGGAAGCAAAGGAAGAUAUAAAGAGUCAUUCAGAAAAUGUCUCUCAACAUCCACUUCAUGUAGAAGUAUUACACUCAGAGAUUAUGGCUCAUCAGAAAUUUGCUUUGCGUCUUGGUUCCUGGAUGAACAAAAUUAUGAGCUAUUCAAGUGACUUUAGGCAGAUCUUUUGCCAAGCAUGCCUUAGAGAAGAACCUGGCUCAGAGAAUCCCUGUCUCAUAAGCAGGUUAAUGCUUUGGGAUGCAAAGCUUUAUAAAGGUGCCCGUAAGAUCAUUCAUGAAUUGAUCUUCAGCAGUUUUUUUAUGGAGAUGGAAUACAAAAAACUCUUUGCUAUGGAAUUUGUGAAGUAUUAUAAACAACUGCAGAAAGAAUAUAUCAGUGAUGAUCAUGACAGAAGUAUCUCUAUAACUGCACUUUCAGUUCAGAUGUUUACUGUUCCUACUCUGGCUCGACAUCUUAUUGAAGAGCAGAAUGUUAUCUCUGUCAUUACUGAAACUCUACUAGAAGUUUUACCUGAGUACUUGGACAGGAACAAUAAAUUCAACUUCCAGGGUUAUAGCCAGGACAAAUUGGGAAGAGUAUAUGCAGUAAUAUGUGACCUAAAGUAUAUCCUGAUCAGCAAACCCACAAUAUGGACAGAAAGAUUAAGAAUGCAGUUCCUUGAAGGUUUUCGAUCUUUUUUGAAGAUUCUUACCUGUAUGCAGGGAAUGGAAGAAAUCCGAAGACAGGUUGGGCAACACAUUGAAGUGGAUCCUGAUUGGGAGGCUGCCAUUGCUAUACAGAUGCAAUUAAAGAAUAUUUUACUCAUGUUCCAAGAGUGGUGUGCUUGUGAUGAAGAACUCUUACUUGUGGCUUAUAAAGAAUGUCACAAAGCUGUGAUGAGGUGCAGUACAAGUUUCAUGUCUAGUAGCAAGACAGUAGUACAAUUCUGUGGACAUAGUUUGGAAACGAAGUCCUACAGAGUAUCUGAGGAUCUUGUAAGCAUACAUCUGCCGCUUUCUAGGACUCUUGCUGGUCUUCAUGUACGUUUAAGCAGGCUGGGUGCCAUUUCAAGACUGCAUGAAUUUGUGUCUUUUGAGGACUUUCAAGUAGAGGUACUAGUGGAAUAUCCUUUACGUUGUCUGGUGUUGGUUGCCCAGGUUGUUGCUGAGAUGUGGCGAAGAAAUGGGCUAUCUCUUAUUAGCCAGGUGUUUUAUUACCAAGACGUUAAGUGCAGAGAAGAAAUGUACGAUAAAGAUAUCAUCAUGCUUCAGAUUGGUGCAUCUUUAAUGGAUCCCAAUAAGUUCUUGUUACUGGUACUUCAGAGGUAUGAACUUGCCGAGGCUUUUAACAAGACCGUAUCUACAAAAGACCAGGAUUUGAUUAAACAAUAUAAUACAUUAAUAGAAGAAAUGCUUCAGGUCCUCAUCUAUAUUGUGGGUGAGCGUUAUGUACCUGGAGUAGGAAAUGUGACCAAAGAAGAGGUCACAAUGAGAGAAAUUAUUCACUUGCUUUGCAUUGAACCUAUGCCACACAGCGCCAUUGCCAAAAAUUUGCCUGAGAAUGAAAAUAAUGAAACUGGCUUAGAGAAUGUCAUAAACAAAGUGGCCACAUUUAAGAAACCAGGUGUAUCAGGCCAUGGAGUUUAUGAAUUAAAAGAUGAAUCAUUGAAAGACUUCAAUGUGUACUUUUACCAUUACUCCAAAACCCAGCAUAGCAAGGCUGAACAUAUGCAGAAGAAAAGGAGAAAACAAGAAAACAAAGAUGAAGCAUUGCCACCACCACCACCUCCUGAAUUCUGCCCUGCUUUCAGCAAAGUGAUUAACCUUCUCAACUGUGAUAUCAUGAUGUACAUUCUCAGGACUGUAUUUGAGCGGGCAAUAGACACAGAUUCUAACUUGUGGACUGAAGGGAUGCUCCAAAUGGCUUUUCAUAUUCUGGCAUUGGGUUUACUAGAAGAGAAGCAACAGCUUCAAAAAGCUCCUGAAGAAGAAGUAACAUUUGACUUUUAUCAUAAGGCUUCAAGAUUGGGAAGUUCAGCCAUGAACAUACAUAUUCUUUUGGAAAAACUCAAAGGAAUUCCCCAGUUAGAAGGCCAGAAGGACAUGAUUACAUGGCUACUUCAGAUGUUUGACACAGUGAAGCGAUUAAGAGAAAAGUCUUGUUUAAUUGUAGCAACCACAUCAGGAUUGGAAUCUAUUAAGAAUGAUGAGAUUACUCACGAUAAAGAAAAAGCAGAACGAAAAAGAAAAGCUGAAGCUGCUAGGCUACAUCGCCAGAAGAUCAUGGCUCAAAUGUCUGCCUUACAGAAAAACUUCAUUGAAACUCAUAAACUCAUGUAUGACAAUACAUCAGAAAUGCCUGGGAAAGAAGACUCCAUUAUGGAGGAAGAGAGGUAAAAUAAAGCAAACAUGAAAAUUAGCAACUCAGUUUUUGGAGGAAAAGUUAAAUAGUCAUUUUAAAUUAUGCUUUUCCAAAAUGUAUGUUAUGGCAAGAGAAAUUCAAUUAUUUUCAUUCUAGGAAGGUCAGAGCGAAGACUCUAAGGUACUUCCUGAAAGUAAUUUUAUACUGAUAAAUGGAUUGAGUGUUCAGUAAAGUUAUGUUAGGAAAUUUUAUGCUCAAAAGAUAACCAACUUGUUAUUUUGUACGCAUUAGCACUUUUAGAUACACAUUUACACAUCAGUUCACUUAUUCCACAUUAUUAUUUCUAGUAAAAAUGACUGCAGUUAUUAAAUAUUGAAAACAAAUUGUUCACCUGAAAAAGCUGGCUUAAAUGAGUUUUUCUUUUUUUCUUAAAAAGAGAAAAGACAUUGCCUAUAAUUACAGGUAUGGAUAGCACCUUGGAAUUGGAAUCAAUAAAUCUGUAUUUCUGAGUUCUGACUGUUAUGCUCUGAGAAAUUGGUUAAUUUUCUGAGCUGUGCUUUGUGGGCUAUUAUACGGUGAGAAAGGGAGAAGACACAGUAAUGUUACUUUGAAAAGCAUUCCAAGAAAUUUAAAAUAUUGAACACCUGCUUCAGCCCUUUUUUAAAACAAGCUUUCACUGCUAUUUAAAACAGCCUGUGUUGUGGGCUGUGAGGCUGUGAGUGGUGACUAAUGCCUAUAAUCCCAGCACUGUGGGAGGCUGAGGCGGGUAGAUCACCUUAGGUCAGAAGUGCGA